AUGCGCCACAAUGACAUUAUUGUGAUUGCAUUAGAACUUCAAACAUAUGAGUUCUCUGAGUCUGCUCCUUUUUGCAGCCUGACUCUCAGUUACCAGGUGAAUGGCUGCGGAAUUGAAAGAGAGGGGAGCGGCGGGAGUGGGGGCUCGGCCGGGCUCCUGCAACAGAUCCUGAGCCGGAACCUGGUGCCGCGGGUGGGCAACGGGACGCUGUGCCCCAACUCCACCUCCCUCUGCUCUUUUCCAGAAAUGUGGUAUGGCGUGUUCUUGUGGGCACUGGUAUCUUCUCUCUCCUUCCACGCCCCUGCUGGAUUAUUGGCACUAUUCAACAUCAGACAUCACAAAUAUGGUGCAGCUAUUGCCGGAGUCUACAGAGCUGCAGGCAAAGAAAUGAUGCCUUUUGAAGCUCUCACUCUAGGUGUUGGCCAGACGUUUUGUGUAGUGGUGGUUUUAUUUUUACGGAUUUUAGCAACUCUAUAGCCUCUACUUACAGUCUGUGAUAGAACAACUCUUGAAGGGAGAAUUUUCAAAUAUUUAUUAGGGAAGGGCAUUGUUAA